CGAACAAAGUGAUGAAGAAUGAAAGGUAGGUAGGUACCAGGGAAACUCUAUGCGGCCGUUCUGCACCGCUUUAUUGCAGAAGUCUACGGGAAAUGUAUCGUCUCUUGUCUCUUCUUUAUUCCUUUAGCCCUUUAGUCUUCUGUCUCCUCUACUCAUCCCCAUCUAGAGCAAGACCAAUCAAACGCUUUCUUUCUUUCUUUUCUCUCGAUGUCAUCCACACAUUCAUUCAAUCAUUCCAAAUCGCCAGCCGGCGUCCAUACUCCGGCAUCUCGAACCCAUCUAUCCAUCCCAUGGCCCAGUUAAUGGAGCCGGAGGCAGAACCCAAAUUUAUGUAGUUGAAUAAUAACAUAUACCGCCGAAAUGCGCGUUUUCGAUGUGACCAUAUACAUAAUGCCUACACAGUAGGUAACUGCCGAUUGUUGAACCACACACCCCGUAUAACAAAAAACGCCUUUGCUCUCUACCAAGAGUUGGUGAAACUCUAUGCUGCUUUGAUCUAUGUGUUGAAAAGACCCCUGUAAAUCGUAAAUCCCGUACGCCUUUAUCUUCCAUCAUGUUGAAAAUGGAUAACCUUAUGCGCUACGCCGGAAAGAUGCAAGGGGGUUAGGUAUAUGAAAAUGCUAUUUUAAGAGCUGGUGGUGUCCUCGACCGGCGGGCACGUGCAGAAGAGGUUGAGAUCACCGUAGGUGUCAUCAAUCCUUGUGACUGUGGGCCAGAAUUUCUUCUCCUUGAGCCACGGUAAUGGAUAUGCGGCCUUCUCGCGCGAGUAGACCCUAUCCCACUUUCCGCCUCCCUCACCAUCGCCUGCGAUUAGGUCUUGCAUCGUGUGCGGUGACAUC